AAUUUAUGUAAUAUUUGUGCAAAUACUAUACUAUAAGAUAUUUAGAUUAGAUAUUAAUAUAGAAAUAAAAUUAUUUAAUACUAAAAUUACGAUAAAUAAGGAAUAAUGAUUCUAACGUUUUUCUAUUUUCAGAAAAUGGUUUCGUCUAAUCAACCGAGAAAAACAAAAAUAUUUGUGGGUCGGUUACCAGAGAAUUGUCGCAACGAUGAGUUGCGACAAUUAUUUUUACGUUUUGGCGAAGUAACGGAAUGCGAUGUCAUGAAUCGGUAUGGGUUUGUCCACAUGGCCCGAGAGGAAGACGCAGCGGCAGCGAUCAAAGCUCUUCACAAUUCCAACUUCAAAGGGGCGACAAUCAAUGUGGAACAGUCAACUGGCAAAUCACGAGGGGGAGGAGGAGGACGCAGGGAUGGAGACAGAAGAGGUGGACCAAUGAGAGGUGGUAGAGGAGGACGAGACGGUGGUAGAGACGCUCGUCCUGGACCAUACAAUGAUAGAAGAGUUCUUCCGAUCCAACUCGUUGGUUACGAUGGAUCUGCUGCAGGUGGCGUCGCAACGGGGUACACCGAUUACAAUCGUGGCGCUGGAGACUUUAGUGGACGUGGAGCAGACUUCGGAACUGGGUACACCGAUCGUGGAGCGUAUGGACAAAACGUGGGAAGCGCGGCAAUGGGAUACACUUCUACAGCGCCUGGAAUGGGAGGAGGAUAUGGACCAGCAACCGGAGCCGUCGGAGGAUAUGGGCCAACCGCCACCGCCGAUUAUGGUCGCACUGCAGACUAUACCCGCGCUGCAGAUUUUGGAGCUAGAACAGAUUAUGGUAAUCCAUGUGGUAAG